CGUCCUCCAGGUUUAGUUGCCAAAAGAGCGGCAGCAAGCUUAAGCCGGCAACAUGUUCUCCUUAAUGUUGAUAGCAAUUUCAGCUUUGGUCCCGGCGAAUGGCGCUGAUUUGUCUGCUGAGUUUGCUCACGAAGCAGUUUUAGAUUCUUACGAGAAAAUGAAACUGUUCUGGACGGUGAACUGGGAAAAUAAAACCGUAUCCUUUGCCGUUCAGGCAGCAACAACAGGGUGGGUUGGUUUCGGCAUCUCUUCGGGUAAUGGAAAUAUGGCCGGAAGCGACAUGGUUAUCGGAUGGGUGAAGGACUCCAAGGGUUACCUGACGGUAAGAGAAUUUUUGCCGAAAGGACAUUAGUCACGAUGAAGUUCUAGGCAGAAAAGAAAAGAUUAACAAAGAAAAGAAGGAGUUAACGCCAUCACUGCAUCCAGAUUUAGAUGAAUAAACAAACAGCCAAAGCGACGUUAAAAACUGCAUUUUUAGCCAUUUCUAUUUGGAUCAAAACUUCCAAUACUUUCAAACCAGUGCCUAAAUUUAGGAAGUAUUCGUAGUUGCACGGAAACAUUGGAAUUUAAAUGCUGUUCAAGCAAAGAUUUGCUCUUCUGUGAACUUUGUUUACAUUAUGAGCAGUAUCAGCACAAUAUUGACCCGUUGUCACGCUAACCUGCCUGUAUAUCAAGGUCAGUAAACUGAUGCAUCUAAGAUUUUUUUGUUGUUUAAGUUAUGCAAAACAGUUUUGUAUUAUACAUUGUCAUUGGUAAGCGAAAUCAAAAAGGAGCAACUACCUGUCUUUUCAGAAGAGUUGGCCCUUCAAAGCUGUACAUUUUUCAUUACAGAAUAGUCUGCAGUUAAGCUGUGAAUGAAGCUUGGCUUAGAAAAAUAGAUAACCACGGUAAGUUUUGAUCUCGUUUUAUUGACUUGUUUUUGAAGGACCGGUUUGCUGAUGCCCAAAGCUGUCCACCGUUGGACAAAGAAAACAACUACAACUUAACUGGGUUUGAGGAAAGCGAAGGGAAAACUGUGUUGAGAUUUAGUAGGAAAUUUGACACCUGUGAUCCUCGUGACAGGAAGAUUGAGGUAAUCCUUAACAUAGCCUAUUCGUUUUUUUGCCGCCAACUCAGCCAAAAUGUUUAAUCAUGGCUAAAAAAGUAAUUGUACUGCCUUUUAAAGGCAGUGUCACUGUGUCUGAAUAAAUUGUAUACCAUGUUGAUGUAACAUUUAUCGCUACAUCAUUCAACUGUUCAGCGCUAAUUAAUUAUGUUUUCUUGUUUCUUUUUCAAAGCAAAUCAAGUAAAUUGCUAUUUCCCGGUUCAUUUUCUUUUACAGGAAGGCACCACUAAGGUUGUGUUUUCAUAUCAUGUAGAGGACCCCACGUCUGAGGACGAUGUGAAGAAACAUACAUUCCGCGGGUCGAAGAGCAUUCUACUUCUUAACAACAUGGACAAAAAACAAGUUAACGAAAUCGGAUGGAAGCAGUUUUACGUCACAAAUAGAAAUGUUAGUUACAAAUAAAAGUUCUUCUUUUAGUUUUUUAAAUAGUGGAGAACGUUAUCGAAAGCGAAGAUUGUAGUGUCCAUUCAGGGAGUUUGAGGCCUACUCAAAACAGAGAUAUACAUUUUUUUUCAGAUAACGAUUCCUAAAAAGCGCACGACUUAUUGGUGUUCUCUUAUCCAACUACCCGAGUUCAAAUCAAAGCAUCAUAUUACAAAGGUGAGUACAGAAGUGCAAAACAUUGCAAUAAAACCUGUUUUCAUCCGUUUAUCUCUUCUUAUGGUUUAGUGAUUGAUCAAUGCAGAAGGCCACCGCGUAAAUUCUUACGAAAAUGAACUUGAAUGUUCGAAAAAUUAUGAACUUGCAUUUUCAGAAAUGUGUUGAUAACAUAUUGUUUAGACGCUUCAACUGAGUUCUUCAAGGAAAGGCAAGUUCGUAGCCGGUGAGAGUUCGUGACAUUGCAACAACUUUUGACAUUUCAUUAAUGCAUAACUUAUUAUUAGUCGUGUCAGAAAAAGCCCCACUUUAAAGUUGAGUGGUUAGCUAAUAGCGGGUUACGAAAUAUCUAGGAAUAGGGAAGAACCUAAGGUGGGUUUACGAAAGGUGUGCCGAUUGGCCCAGGGUUUCACAAACGUUUUGGUUCUUAGUGGCAUUCUAGAGAUUUCCUCGUAUUAAGUAAUCAUUAAGUAGAAGUAAAGCGUUCCACUAUUGAUGUUGGUGUCGCUUUCGAAGAAUUUUCAGUUUUUUCCUCUUUUAUAGUUUGAGCCAUAUGUAACACCUGGAAACGAAGGCAUUGUGCAUCAUUUACUCGUCUACGAAUGUUAUGGGAAUUUUAGUAAUGCUACCUUACAUGGUUCUGGCUUUGACUGUCAUGAAACACCCAAUAUGCCUCUAGGACAUUGUUACGGCUACAGUGUCGUUGCUGCUUGGGCUGUUGGUGGUACGGUAAGAUAUAAAACUUAUAAAUUGGACUUGCUCAUCUUGGGAAAUGAACUUUUAAUUUGAAACAUUUUGAAUUUGAAAGGUUUUUCGUUACUCUUCCUAAAGAAAUAUAUAUAUAUAUUUUAUCAAAUAGGCAUUUUAUUAUCCACCUAAGGCUGGGUAUCCAGUUGGUACGUCGGACUCGCCAAGAACACUUUUGCUUGAACUACACUACGACAAUCCCAAAUCAAUUGAAGGUUGGCACCUCACAUUUUGCUUUUUUUAUUCGUUUUCAUUUUUAGUUAAGGAGAAAAAGUAUUAAGAGGUGUCGUUUUUUGCCCUCAGCCAUAAAAUAUCUCAUUCCCUAAAUAUCUUUUAUUUUUUGUCAAAUAGGACGAAGAGACAGCUCAGGGGUUCGUUUUUACUACACUUCUCAUCUCCGUGAGUACGAUGCUGGAAUAAUGUCUGUUGGAGAAGAUAUAACUGACCUUGCGAUAAUCCCACCAAAACAGGAAUCUUGGUUAACUGUGGGUUAUUGCCCCAAAGAAUGCUAUCAGGUAACUCAAAUAUUCACAAUAAUUUCUUAAAAUACAGAGAAAAAAAAUGAAAAAAAAAACAACAAAAAACAGAAAAAAAAACAAUGCAUGGCAGUAUGGUGAAGCUGGCUCCGAAAAUGGGCAAAACACAGGUGGUUAACAGAUUAUGAUUUCACCUUUUUUUUAUUCACGGUGCAUUUAAGUUCGCACAGUGCCUAGGAACGUGUGUCAUAAAUUUACUUCUGCAUUCAACAUAAAGCACCUUUUUUUCUUAGGAAGACUUGCAGGCGACUAAGCUCCCUGAAAAAGGAAUAAAAGUGUUUGCUGCCCUUCUUCACACCCAUCUGCAGGGUAAGUGACCUUGCGCUGCUUUUGUUGUUUAGAAGUGGUGGUUGUUGUUUGUUUAUAUUUACGCCUGUCUGUCUUAUGUUUCCAUGUUCUGUUGACAGUCGUACGUCAUUAUGGAGCCAAACUUAAAUAUCACUGAGUUUUUGUUUUCAUCCACAGGGCGUGCAACAUGGACAAAGCAUGUUCGCAAUGGAAUUGAGUUACCAGAAAUUGCGAGAGAUGACCAUUAUGAUUUUAACUUUCAGGUAAUUUAUAUAGUGUGGCACAAGAUCCACCAUUAGUAUCUGGCGAAUGCACAAGAAUUAUAACACAUGGCUUCUUUCAAAAAACAAUUUGCAACAGUAUGCUGCUCCCUCUUCAACUUGUCCUUUAUUUCACUUGAAUCAAUUUGUCCAAUCGGAACUACUAAUUUUUUCACGACAUCCAGAAUCCACUAAUUUUCGAUAUAAAUGUUUUUAUUUUACCCAGUCGGUAACAACAUCAAUGAUUAUCGCGAUCGUAUAAGAUAACUCUGCUACUUGCCAGUUAUCGCUUACGGAAGUCAUAUUAUAACCAUAACCUUAACUUACUGAGCACUGUGGCCAUUCUCUGAGAAAUUACGCGAUUGCAUGUGGGGGAAAAAGUAAUUAAGAUUCAAGUGCUCCUUUCGGGUGUCGAAACGUGAUACAUUCCAAUAAGUGCCUUAGUAUAUCUUCUACUACGUGAGCCAUAGGACAUUGCUGGCUACCACGCUGCGAAAUGAUCUCAUUAAAAGAACAUUUAUUCAUUUUCCAAAAGUGAACUUUCACUUGUUGUUUCGCAGGAUAUACAAGUUUUAAGAGAAGAGGCUCACAUCAAACCGGUUUGAGAAAACUUUGAUUUAAGUGUCACUUUUUCUUAGAAUUACAUUUGAUUUCAGCACAUAAACGCGUAAUAAUUAAUAUGAGUUAGACGAUGUGUCCCACUGAUUUAUUCAAUGCACUCAAGCUUUCCACGCAACCAUUUCAAAUUAAUAUUUAAAUGAGCAAAUGCGAUGGAAAAAAUCUGAUAAAAGAAUAACAUAGUAUAUGAUUAUUUUACGUUCCUUUUUAAAAUCAAGUUAGAUUAAGUUAAUUUGUGUUUGAUUGUUUUUAUCAGAUCGAGAUUUGUGAAUUGGCCUCCAGAUGAUCACCACACAUUUCGUUUUCUUCACUGACGUCUUUCUUAUCCUUCAGGGGGACGACUUAAUUCAUUUCUGCAAAUACGAGACGAUGGAUCGCGAUAAACUCGUGCAGGCAAGUGCGAUAUCUGAGCCCUCAAAAAUCACUAAGUAGUCUCUCUAAGAAUAAGGACGGCAUUCAGAAUUCAGACUUAUGCCAGCCGAGGUGUUGGUUUCCUCUUAACAGUGACAUCUCUCUCAAUCUAUAUUUCAAGAGAUUGCAAUAAAAACAUGCCAUCGCUGAUUUUUGCUGUAUAUGCUUCAUGACAGACUAAAAGAUGAUGUACUCUUCUUCCUCUUACAGGCUGGUAUCUCUACCACUCAAGAAAUGUGUCUGAAUUACAUGUUUUACUAUCCUCGAAUGGUGAAUGCUACAGCAUAUUGCCUCAGCACCCUACGUAAGCCAGUGCACGACUUCGUUAAAGAACACUUGUAAGUGAAUUAAUACAUACUUGUUAAAGUAAAGUUGAUAGUAGAUCUGGUCUGCCUCCAGGAAACCACCUUUUUCGCAUUUCUCAAUAAUAAUCCUGUUUUUGGGAGCUAUUUUACUGAAUAAUCACCCAUCCCUACUUAAUUUCACAAGUACUGUCUCUAAAUAAUAAAGUAAGAAGUUUAACACUGAAGUGUUGGUAUUCGGGGCAUUGUAAUUAUCUCCUAGAUAUGCUAGUUGUGUAUUUUGUUCAAUCCUCUACUGUCGUGCUGAGGUAUCCCCCCCCCCUAAAAGGAGAAAAUGAAUUUCUUUUACAAGGGGCUCUAUCAUAGCCUAUAUCCGCGAAUUUCAUUCUUCGCGUGAAUAGAACUGAUCCGUCCAGCAAGUUUCUUGAAGGUAAUAGAACAUUUAGCGUUGAUCAUGACUGGCAUCCUUUCUUUGCCAAGUCGUCAAGAAGCUGGAUAAAUCUCAUUGGCGUUCUAGUCAACUAACACAGUGAAAAUUGACCAACAAAUGAAUUUAAGCACGUGACUCUCUGACAGAGUAUUAUCCUUAUAACAGCCUAGAGAACAAAACUCAAAGCAAACUGCAAAAAGAAAUGUUUGCGAAUACGAAAAGAGUUGAAGAACUCGGAGCAGAUGUAAAACACACACCAUAACACCUAAAGAAGCGAACAUGACUGUGGAGUUAAACCAAAGAUUGUCUAUUAAAUCGUAGAGGUAUAGCAUGUCUUGUUUCACGCAAUGUUUGGUUUCAAUCUAUUUUUAACUUUAAUUUUCCUUUGUCUAGCCCUUCCUUAAAGGGGUCAAAAUGGUCAAAUCCUCUCAUUGGGGCAAAUAUCUCAUGGACGAAGGAAUUGGUGUCUGACUUGAGGAAGAAAUUUGAUGAAGCAGAGACAUUUUCCACAUAUUGUCCCGCGGUCAGUAAACUCAUUAGGGGGAACGAAACUCGCUACAGUUAACAUUACCGUACAGUGCAAUUCUUGAGGGUGCUAAUGAGAUCCCGACAUAACGUGCAUGAAAAAAUGUCGAAAUGAUAAAACAAGACAAAUAAUGGGUGUAUGAUCAUGGGUGUGUGUGUUUGUCUAUUGGGUGGAGGGGACCCUCUUAAUCUGGGAAAGUAGAUGCCUGGCUAUAGGCAUAAUUUUCAUGGUAAUCGUAGUUUUCUUUAUCUUCAAUCUGACUCAGUCUGCAACAGUAAGUCUGCCACCUCCUUAGAGGAGUGAAAGUAAGUGUACAGCGUUGAGUUUUCCUUUGAACUAUUGUUAAUUAUUUCCUUUCCAGAGACCUAACAAGGACACAUAUCCGAUUCCAAAGAUCACGAAGCCCUUACCUCCCCGACAGUCCAACUGCCGUGAACAAAGCACGACACCAGCCCCUUCCGUUGGAGACGCCUUCUUGGUAACGACCUCAUACUCUACAGCAAUAUCUCUGUUCAUUAACUAUUUCGUGUUGAUGUGAACGAUCAAAGAUAUGCCAUCAUGACCACAGUUCAAAACUAUGUAUAUUCCAAAUUGCUAGAGUUUACAAACUGCACUAAAACCCGUGUUGGCUCCAUAUCUUAACCUAGAGAUGAUCUCUCAGAGGAUGAAGUCUGCCGUAGUAGACAUAGAUAUACAUCACUUACCGAAUUUGAGUUUUUUUAUAGUGACGUUAACGGCUAAGGCAAACGGAAAAAUAAACUCUGAUUUCCCUCACCUUGUACUUGGUGUUCUCGAUUACUCUAUAAUU